UGCGUCUAAGUUCAUGGCAGCUAAAAAGAGUUGGCAGGAUGCCGUCGUCAGCGGUGUGGGAAGACCUACCGAAAUACCGAUGCAUUUCCUCGUGCAGCUUCAGAACUCAGCUGAACAUGUCUGCUGUGUGCUUAGGUCUCGCGACCCUCCUGUGUUUGUUCUGCACGACUCCUGCCAAAACAGUGGAGAACAUCGAAGUGAUAAGGAGACCCCCCGGCGGAUCUGUGUCCAUCCAGUGCAGUCAUGUUCCACAGGGCGAAAUGCACAUGACUUUUUUCAAAGGCCUCAAGAAGGAUUUUCAAAUUCUUCACAUGAUGUCCCAAAAAACCACCACCGCAAAGGAGUUCAGCGGCAGACUCCGGGUGGAGGGAAUCUUCCCCAAUGUGGACGUGAUCAUCUCGAACCUGACCUCAGAAGACACGGGGUUGUACUUUUGUGACUACCAGUGGUAUGACGACGCAAGGUCAGAACAAAAGAGGGUAGACGACGAUAGUCCGGUGAUGCUGGUGGUUGAAGUCGUAGACGAGCAGCCGUGUGCUAACCCAAACCAGAAUAUUCUCCUGGUGAUUGUUGUGGUUUCGGCUGCUGUGCUGUUUGGAGUCUUCAUCGCCCUCCUCCUAUGGAUCAUACCCAAGAUCAAAAGAUGGCACGCCAAAUAUAGGCCACGGCGCACAGUCACCAAUGAUGUUUACGAGGAGAUGCGCGGAACACUGCGAGCUUAAGGACAUCCUGUAAAGGCCGGCCACCAAGCGAUGCAGCAACACCGCAUGCUUUGCAUGCAUGCGUGCCUCUGACUGAACCAGUCAGGUACACGAAAAACAACUCGACUGUGCUAUGCAAUUAUUUUGUUUUCAAAGAUGUCAACAUCCAUUAGAAUGUAGUCGCUAAUGAUACAUGUCCAUAUGUGCGAGUACGAGGCAUGUAUGCGCAGCGGACACUUUAUUCGGAACAGAAUAGAAUAAGAUCCGAUGUACCAGUUUAAAAUAGAGCAUUGCUAUCUUUUAUCGAGGUAGAAUUUUAGAAAUAUCUGAUAUUAGAUUAGGCAGCUGUACCUAAUGUAUCCGGUCACAUGCAUUUGUAUAUUGCAGAAUGGCGUGAUUAAGGCUUAAACGAGAGAAUUUUCUUCCGAUGUCAAUCAAAUGACAUCUAUUCGCUGUAUGUGAGAAAACAACGACUGACUAAUUGCAAUCUAUUUUUACAGCAAGCAGGUGUCAGAAAAAAGGUUCACUUUGUAACGUGUUGCCAAAUGGCGCCGUUUAUGAAUAAUACCGCACUUGAAUGUGCAAUGCGUGCCUGGUGGGUGUAAUAUCUCACUCACAUUCCAAAUGAUGAACACUGACUCAGUGAACAUAACACGAGGCCUGUCAAGAUGCCUUGCUGCUGCGAGUUAUCACCCUACAGUCAGUGUGUAUGUUUUGUGCCAAUCAGGAUUUGGUUGAGAAACCAUUUGACCUUUUCCGCCAUACAAUCCGAAAAGAAAAAUUGUUCAAAGUAUUUAUUUGCUCAAAUAUUUCUUCUGCUGUACAUAAUCCCUCCC